AUGAACGAUAAUUGUCAGAUUCUUCGUCUCCGGUGUGAAUACUGUGACUGCUCUGGUAUUUCGUGCCAAUCUCGAUUUCCAGGGUUGAAGGUGGAAUGGCCAGAACUAAAGGGAGUAAGUGCACCUGAGGCAAAGAGAAAAAUAGAAAAUGACAAUCCACAUGUUACUUGUGUUAUAAUCCCUGAAGAUGUUGACGUCUUAGCAAUCAACUGUUGUAACCGUGUCCUUCUCCGUGUCCUUGUCGGGAAUUGUCCCAACGGUCCUGUCGUUAACAGUCCAAGAAUCGGAUGA